AGUGAGUGCAGGGAAAGCAAAAGGGUCUCUAUUUCUAUCCAUGCAUCCGAGCCAAUGAAUGCAAUUCCCUCUCCUACCGUUGCCGGUGUGUGAGGAGAAGGGCGAAAAAAUGAAGGCGGAAUCUGUUACGGUAACUCGUCCAUUUGGGCGGAUGAAAUGGGGUAUUUCCAGCAAAACCCAUUCUCUCCCUCCUAAUCAUCUUCACUUUCUCUUCUCUUCUUCUUCUUCUGCUGCUGCUACAAUUCGAGCAUCAUCCUCUUCUCAAUCCAACGCCGACGAUGACAAGGUCUACAAAGAGCUAGGUUUAUUUUCUUUACGAAGGAAGAUUGAAGAUGCAGUUGUUCGUGCUGAGAUGAUGACACCGAUGGCAUUGGAAUUAGAAGAAGCAAGAAAAAUUGAGCAGGAAGAAACUAUUCGGAAAUAUAAUCUGUGGGAUGACCUAGCAAAAUCAAAUGAGUCCCUUAUUGCCUUAGCUGAUACCACCAAAGUGGUCGAUGCUCUCAAAGACCUGAAAUAUAAGACUGAAGAGGCAAAGUUGAUCACACAGCUUGCAGAGAUGGAUGCCAUAAAUCAUCGUCUUUUUAAGCAGGCAUACAAUGCGUCUGUAUAUGUUAGCAAAUUCCUGGACCAUUACGAGAUGUCAAAGCAUCUUUGUGGACCAUACGACAUGGAGGGGGCUUGUGUGACUAUCGAAGCUGGAUCUGGCGGCAUGAAUCAUGAGAUAUGGGCAGAAAAGCUCCUGGCCAUGUAUAUCAAAUGGGGUGAAAAGCAAGGUUAUAGAGGACGGGUCAUUGAGAAGUAUCUUAACAAAGGUGGCGGUAUCAAGUCAGCAACUAUUGAGUUUGAAUCAAAAUAUGCUUAUGGAUAUCUUUGCGGAGAGAGAGGUACUCACCAAAUGGUCAUAAGUUCUCUUCAUGCCUCUGUUCUCCACGAGAGUAUCUUGGCAGGAGUGGAUGUUAUUCCUCUCUUCCUUGAGAAGGCGCCCGAUCUACAAAUGGAGGAUGGAGAUUUGGAGGUCGCUUCUAUAUUGGCUUGUGGAGAAGAGCGGCUUGGUUGCAGAACAGAACUUGCAGUUAACAUCCGCCACAUCCCAACUGGCAUAAAUGUCCAGUGUUCAGGUGAAAGGAGCCAUUUUGCAAAUAAUAUGAAGGCUCUUAACCGGUUGAAAGCCAGACUACUGGUGAUAGCAACAGAGCAGGGAGUGUCCAAUGUAAAACAAAUCAAUAGAGAGGCCAUUGCCGAUAUGUGGAAGCAAGAGGCGCGGAGGUAUGUGUUUCACCCAUACAAGUUAGUACGAGAUGUAAAAACUGGUGUCCAACUGCCCGACUUAACUUCUGUUUUGGAUGGUAAUCUUGAGCCCCUUAUUGUUGCUCAUAUCAACAUCAGACAGACAAGGGAUGGGAUAAGCUGAUUUGUGCAUCAUCCAUUUAAAGUACUUGAGUUCUAAUUUGAUUAAUUUUCCUUGCGAAAUUCAGUAUCUCCAUUCAACAGCAUA